CUCGCGGGUGCGCGCGCUUGUGUGAGCGAGCAGGAGAAAACAGUGGAGUGGCUGCGGAGGAGUGAGGAGUGUCGAGUGUCGCUCCGUACCCAGGUCUGUUCUAUUGAAACUAAGAAAUUGUAAAUAGGAUUAACUGUAAACCUUUUUUUUUUUCUUCAAAAAACAAAAAACACAAAACACCACCCACACACACGAGGACGAACACACAUCACUGGACGUCCUCGCCGGACACGAAGAAUUUUCCGUAUAAAAGUUUCAGGUAUGUGUCCCUGAAGAUGAGUUUCUAUUGUUCCAGGACUGGAGAGAAUGCUUCCAAAACUUUGAACUCUGGCCUCUAAGGAAGGGAUGGCUGAUCGCAGCGACCUCGCAGUCGCCCCAGGUCAGCUGUACAUUGAGGUGGAGUACGACUAUGAAUACAAAUCCAAAGACCGUAUGAUUUCCAUCAAGCAAGGUGAAUGUUACCUGCUGGUAAAAAAGACCAAUGAAGACUGGUGGCAGGUCCGUAAGGAGGAGGGAAGUAAGCCUUUUUAUGUACCUGCCCAGUAUGUCCGGGAAGUGCGGCGAGCCCUCAUGCCCCCCACCAAACCUCUCCCGCACACUGUAGGUGGGGUUGGGACAAGAGGAGGAUCUGAGAAAAAAGGUCUAACUACCAUGGAGCUCAAACAGUUUGAUGAGAGUUUGAGCAAGCAAAGUAUUGUUCAGUCACCAUAUGCUGGAUAUCAGGCAGCAUUGCAGGCACCCAAAGAGGACAAAGCCAGUCCAAAAAGCCCCAGGAGGCACGGGCAGCAAACGUUCCCGAUCGUGCAACAUACUUCUCUGCCUUGGACCAGGGCUGAGUCCCCUCUCAGGCUCAGAGCACCACUGGAUUUGGAUGGAGAGAUUGAUAUGGAGGGUGAGAAGAAGAGAGAAGAAGCAACAGGUGAUGGAGAGAGGAAGAGAGAAAGGGGAGGGGAUGGGGGGAGAGAAGAGUGGACAGGGGACAGAGAGUGGAAAAAAGAUGGAGGCUGUGAUAGAGAUACAGAGAGGGAGAGUAAGAGGGAAAAAGAGAUAGGAGAGGAUAAAUCAAGGGAACGAAAAAGAGAAGAAAGGUGCAAUAGAGAUGGAGAGAAAGCGGGGGAUGGACAGAGGGAGAAGAGGAAGGAAGGAGAAAGAGCAGUUGAUGGAGAAAAGGAGAGAAAGGGGGAAGGAGGGCGACACAAGACUACUGCACCUGAAGAAUAUCCUAGAGAAGCGACGGAGAAAAAUUGGAGCGAUGUGGAAUCUGGAGAUGAGUUCAGCAGCAGUUCGACCGAGCAGCUCCAGGGAAGGCCUGACUCACCUGUCUACGCUAACCUGCAAGAUUUAAAGAUCAAUCAGUCGCCUUUGCCUCCACUGCCUUCAUCCUCCCCACUUACUACACACACAGACUCGGAGACUUACAAAGAUGCAAAUGGUAGGCACUUCUGCUACAACCGCACCAUGCAGGAGCGUACAUGGAAGCCCCCACAAUUACGAGACAGCUUUGUGAAGAGGGAGGAGAAAUAUGUCACUGAAACCACAGAGACUGAGGGGAGUGGAAAUAUGGCUAAAACAUGCAGUUUGGACCGAAGACAGCCCGCUCCCAUUGUGACAAAAUGGAGGCAUAGUACAUGUUUGUUGGAGACUAACAAUAAGCCCUGUGAAAAAUCUGGACCCCUAAAUGUAACCAAGAUCACUGAACAUGGCAAAAAAGUCCGUAAGAACUGGACUUCAUCUUGGACAGUUUUGCAAGGCUCUCAAUUGAUAUUUGCCAAAAGUCAGGCUGUGGCCACCAGCUGGUUUGGGAGCCAUCAAUCAAAGACCGAAUUCAGUGUAGAUCUGAAAGGAGCAACUGUAGAGAAGGCAUCCAAAGACAAAUCCAGCAAGAAACAUGUUUUAGAGGUGAAGACUCAGCGUGGUACAGAGCUCCUUAUUCAAUCAGAUAGUGACAGCAUCAUUAACGAGUGGUUCAAAGCCCUAACUGAAGCCAUAAAUAUACAUGCCUGGGAGUCUGAUGAGGCUACUGAAGAAGACAUGCCAGAAUCUCCUGGACUAGAGAAACAUGAGAAAGAGAUACAAGACCAACAGAAGAAGACCAAAACAAGGCUGAGGAAAUUUCUCACACGUAGACCCUCUCUGCAGGCUGUUAAAGACAAGGGUUACAUCAAAGAUCUGGUGUUUGGCAGUAAUCUGAUCAGUCUCUGUCAGAGGGAGAAAACUACUGUCCCUCACUUUGUCAAGUUGUGUAUUGACUACAUAGAGAAUCAAGGUCUGAGUUUGGAUGGUCUCUAUAGAGUAAGUGGGAAUCUGGCAGUCAUACAGAAGCUGAGAUUUGCUGUUAAUCAUGAUGAGAAGAUCAAUUUGGAAGAUAGUAAAUGGGAGGAUAUUCAUGUGGCUACCGGAGCACUCAAGAUGUUUUUCCGAGAGCUUCCAGAACCACUCUUCACCUAUACCUACUUCAAUGACUUUGUCAAUGCCAUUAAAAUCACAGACUAUAAACAAAAAGUGAUGGCCAUCAAAGAUCUAGUGAAGCAGCUGCCUCAACCCAACCAAGAUACAAUGCAGGAACUUUUUAAACACCUGAGAAAAGUAAUAGAGCAUGGCGAGGAGAAUAGGAUGACCACGCAGAGUAUUGCAAUCGUCUUUGGUCCAACUCUGUUACGUCCUGAGAUUGAGAACAUGCACAUGGCGGUACAUAUGGUUUACCAAAACCAAAUUGUUGAACUUAUUCUACACGAGUAUGAGGCCAUAUUCGAUAUGCCAUGAUACAUCUUUCACCAUCUGAAGAGUAACUUCUGAAAUUAUAGCCAUUCUUUGAAAACACUGAAAUAUUGAAAAUGUAUUAACAUGCAUAAGCAUGUAGGAUCCAUUUGUAAAGUAAGCCCGACCAUUUUUUUUAUUGGAAAAAAAUUGCUUUCAUGGAGUGUUUUUUUUAAUUAUUAUUAUUAGUAGUAGUAGUAGUAAUUUCUUUUUGGAUAGUAGCUCUUAUUGGACUAUAUGGUCAGGUCCAUAAGUAUUUAGACACAAUUUUUGUAAGUAUGCCUCUGUACACCAUUACAAUGGUGUGGCAAUCAAGGUGUGAUUGAAGUGUUGACUUUCAGCUUUAAUUCAAGGGGUUUAACAAAAAUAUUGCAUUCACUGUUUAGGAAUUUUUGCAGAAUACCUCCAUUUUCACAGGCUCAAAAGUGGACAAACUAACAAUCAUAAACAUUAGGAUUAUUUUUAAUACUUGGAUGCAAAUCCUUUGCAGUCAGUGACUACCUUUACUGCAGCUGCCUUCAGUUGCUGCUUGUUUGAGGGUCUUUCUGUUGUUAGUAAGUGAAAAGCAUGCUCAAUUGGGUUGAGGUCAUCGGACAUUUAAGAACAUUUCAUUUCUUUGCCUUAAGAAGCCUUCAGGUAGCUUUUGCGCUAUGUUUUGGGUCAUUGUCCAUCUGUAUUGUGAAAUCGCUGUGAAAUCGCUGUCAGUUUUGCAGCAUUUGAUUGAAUCUGAGCAGAAAGUAUAGCUCUAUACACUUCAGAAUUCACUAAACAGUUAAUGCAAUAUUUUAGUUUGAAUUAAAGCUGAAAAUCUACACUUCAAUCACACAUUUAUUGCUGCAUUUGAAAUCCACUGUGGUGGUGUACAGUGGCAAAAUAAAAAAAAAAUGUGUUGCUGUCCAAAUAUGUAUGGACCUGACUAUAUUUUAUACACUUGGAUCUUCCACAUAAUCAUGGAUCAUCCUGUAACUUGACCAACAAGGUUUUGCUGGGCGCCAUGGUUUGAUGGCACCAGUUUGAUGGGAAGUGUUUUUGUGGGUUGAACUCUGAAUCUUGGAGUGCUUGGAGCUGGGACAAUGACUUCUACUACUGUUCUCUGAUUUAUUUUAUUUUGCUGUGUUAUAGGCUUCCUUAUAGAACAGGAAGCCCAAUGCAGAGGUGCCAACAAGAAAAUACAAAACGAGAUUUUUACCACAAAAACUAAAGUGUUUGGGGUGGCUUCUUGUUAACAUCCUAAAUGAUAAAACAUGUAUUGGUUGAAGUGAUAUGGGUCAUUCCAUCUCACUUCAAGUGGUCCAAUACAGGUUGCUUGACCAUUUUUAAUUUUCUGUGAGUGAUUACCUAUAUUUAUUAGCAUUACUAAACCAACAGUUCUAUUUUAUUUUAUUUGGUUUGGUUUAACUACGAUGGCCAUAUUUGUGUCAUGGAAAACCAAAAAUUUUAGUUAUACAGCUGUGUACGGAAACCUCAAUAUGUUGACUCCUUGGAACAAAAACUGAUCUCUAAAUUUAAUAUUUAUGUUUGUCCCAUGCCUUUCUUUUUCACACUGGGCAGUGAUGUUUGAAUACUGUAGCCGUUCCAUUCAAAGAGCAGUGGCACUGUGCUUUUCGUCUUCUCCAACCCUAGGUCAUUUUAGUUCAACUAGCUGAUCUGGUGUGAAAUGUCUACUACAGAAGUUUGUAUGGGUGGAAAUGUUCAAAUGGGUGCAUGGUUUGCUUACUAUUGUCUCCUGAGAUCACUUUAAGCUGGGAAGACAGGGAAGCUUAAAUCUGUUAAAUUUCAGAGAUGCUGUGCAGAGAGAUACUGUGCUCAUGAUAUUUCUGCAAUUGUCUUUGAAAAUAUUCAUUUUUAAAUACCUUUCGGCAGACACUUAUUAUGAUCAGGGUUAAAAGGAAAAAACUGCACUGAUGAAUAUAAACAGUACAACAGGAAAGUCGAGCGCACAGUUUAAAUAUGGAAAUAGUCAUAGUCCUGAGUGCAAGUAGACCAUUAUGGCAUAUAGUUUGUUCAUAUCAACUUUAAAAAUGUAGGUAAUUUUAAUAACAGUUACAGACAGAUAUAUUUCAGUUUUACUUAAUAUCAUAACCUCAGUGGGUCGAAUGUCCACAUACACCAAGUUAAAUGUCUCUUUAAACAGUCUUGAAGUGUAAUGACUUUUAGAAGCUUCUGAUUAGCCAGUGGUCAUAAUUAGGCACAAAUUGGGAGUGCACCUGUAGGUGUAUUCAAGGGCCUACCUUUAGAAGCAGUGCCUUAUUGCCUACCAUGGGAAAAUCCAAGUAACUCAGCAAAGACUUCAGAAAAAAAAUUGUGGACCUACACAAGUCUUGUAUCAUGAGCAUUUGUAUAAACAAUUGUAUACAAAUAUAAAAAUCUUGGGACCAGACAGACACUGCAUCUUUGAGGCAAGAGGUAUAAAUGAACACACAGGGUUGAACAAACUUUGAGCCCAAAGAUUCAACUGAAUUCCAAGAUAAUAACAAAGGCACUUGUGAAGGAGUUGGAGGCAUCAGGUACCAAAUAUGUACAGUACCUCCACCAUUAAGAGAGUCCAACAUCACCAUGGCCUGAAAUGCUGUUGGACAUUGAAGAAGCCCCUACUCCAAGACCAGGAUUUUAAAAAACAAACAAACAAACACUAAAGUUUGCAAGAAAAGGACCCAGCCCUUUGUAGGACAAAAAUGUAACUGUUUAGCAAUAAUGAUCAGUGCUACCCAUAGGACCCGACUUUAAACAUUUAAUUAUACACUAAGUACAUUUUUGUCCAAUUUGGCCUUCUUCAACCGCCUACCACUAACAAUAAAUAUUAUUUUCAGAGAUUUGACGCUGCCAUCAAAGUGAGAUGCAGUAGUAUAUUAGAUCGCGGGAUUACUAUAAAAACAAGCCAUUUAAAACUGGAGGGCCUGAAGUAGUAGGAGUAGAGCUUAAAUUAUUUUAAACGAGCAAUUUGGCAAAAGGCUGAAUUGGGGACUUUUACAUUGAAUGAGAUCAAGGUCUGUUUCUGGAAAAAAGUGGCUUUUAACACAAAUGUGUUUGUCCUGAUUGGACCUGAUGCUACACAUGGGCACCAACUUGGGUUAAACAUUUAAUUAUACAAUAAUUACAAUAAUUGUUUUGCCAUACAUCAUUUGUGAUGAUAGAGAAUUUAUUUCAGGGUGGGAGGAAUAUACAGUUUACAGCUCAAACAGAGAUGCCAUGUUCUUUACAGAAGUGCAAAAUGUACCAGAAGCCAUUCCUUCACACAAAUUCACACAUCAAGCAUGCACAUUUACACUUCCCAUUUGGUUUAAAUACAAAAGAAUAAGGGAACUGAACACAAAAUCAUGGUUUUUAAAACUAACACUGGCUAAAUCUCUCUCUCUCUCUCUCUCUCUCUCUCUCUCUCUCUCUCACACACACACACACACACACACACACACACACACACACACACACACAGGCCAAACGUUUGUGGACACCUGACCAUCACAACCAUAGAAUUUUUGAACAUCUCCUUCCAGAUUUAGUCCCCUUUUCACUAUUAUAACAACACUCCUCUGGGAAGGCUUUGAACUAGAUUUUGGAAUGUGGCUGUGGGGAUUUGCCCAUUCCCUCAAAGAGCAUUAAUGAGGUCAGGCACUGAUGUUGUGAAAAGAGGCCUGGGGCUCAGUCAGCAUUCCAGUUGAUCCCAAAGGCCUUCGGUGGGGUUCAGGUCAGGGCUCACGAGUUCUUCCACUCCCACCUUGGCAAACCUUAUCUUCAUAGAUCUCACUUUGUGCACAGGGGCACUGUUAUCCUGGAAUAUAUUUUGGCUAGGCCUCUUAGUUCCACUGAAAGGCAACUGUAAUGCUACAACACACAAAGUCUUCCUUCCAACCUGUUUGUAACAGUUUGGUAAGGCCCACAUAUGUCAGGUGUCCUCAUGUUUUUGGCCAUAUGUGUAUGGCGGAAAAUGGGGUGAGGCUUUUAAUCUGAAGAACACUAAUCUCAACUGUGAAGAAUGGAGGUGGUAGCAGCAUCAUGCUGUGGGGGUGUUUUGCUGGAAAAGUGACUGGUGCACUUCAGAAAAUAGAUGGCAUCAUGAGGAAGGAGAAUUAUCUAGAAAUACUGAAGCUAAACCUUAUGACAGAAUGUUAAAACCUGGUCACAACUGGGUCUUCUGGCAGGACAAUGAUCCUGCAAAAGAUGCCACCAAAGUUAUAACAAAAUGGCUUAAAGAAAACAAAGUGAAAAUAUUGGAGUGGCCAUCACAAAGUUCUGUCCUGAAUUCCAUAGAAAAUUUGUGGACUGAACUGAAAAAGCAUAUCUGAGCAAGGAGGCUCACAAACCUAACUGAGUUACGCCAGUUGUGUCUGGAGGAAUGGGCAAAAACUCCAGCAAUUUAUUUUGAAGAGCUUGUGGAAGGAUACACCAAGCAUUUGAUUCAAGAUCAAGUAAUUAAAAGGCAAUACCACCAAAUACUAACAAAGCUUAUGUCAACUUUUGACCCACUGAAAAUCUGAUAAAUAUACACUUAAGUACAGUUCCUGCUGAAAGUAUUGGAAUGGCAAGGCCAAUUAAAUUUUUUUUCACUAUGCAUUUGGGUUUGAGAUCAGAAGAUGAAUAUGAGAUGACGGAUCAGAAUUUCAGUUUUCAUUUCCUGAUAUUUACAUCUAGAUGUGUUUAACAACUUAGAACACCCACCCAUUUUGUCAAGUGAUCAAAAAUUUUGGAACAUGUGACUGAUAGGUGUUUCUUGUUACCCAGGUAUGCCCUGUUAAAUUGAUUGUUUAAAGAAUGAAUGGCUCUGAAUGUCUACUAUUGGUUUGUGCCCUAGGUUUCGCCUGUGAAGACUACAUUUAUUGUUAAAACAGGAUAAACCAACAUGAUGACAAGAGAGCUGUCUAUGGGAGAAAAGCGUUUUGAAGCUGAGAAAAGUGGAAAAAUCUAUCAGAGCUAUUGCACAAGCAUUGGGCAUAGCCAAUACAACAAUUUGGAAUGUCCUGAAAAAGAAACAAACCACUGAUGCAGUUAUUGCAAGCAAGGGAUAUGCAUCCAAGUAUUAAGUGUUAUUUACUUUAAAUUAAGACUAUCUGAUCCAUUAUUUUUGAUUGCCAAAAAAUUGGGUGGUCUGCCACAAAAAGGUGCCAUGUUCCAAGUUGUUUAACACAUCUAGAUGUAAAUAUCAGGAAAUGAAAGCUGAAAUUCUUAUUUGUUGUCUCAUAUUCAUCUUUUGAUCUCAAACCCAAAUGUAUUUGUGUAGAGCAAAAACAAAAUAAUUUGCCUUGCCAUUCCAAUACUUUCAGAGGGGACUGGGAAUGUCUCAGCUAUUAUUUUGAAAUCACCUCUUCUGGAAAUAAAGUAGAUACCAUAAUUGACUCACAGGAAAUGUGUGGUAACAUGUACUGUGUCUAGUUGUGAAAAACUGAGAUUGAAUGUUGUUAGCCUAAGUGUAUAUAAACUUUUAUCCUCAACUGUAUUAACUUUCUUUUUCUUAUCUUUUCUUUUUUUUUUUUAAACUGGUCACUUUAUAGAAGGUAAAAUUAAGCAUAAUCUUCCUAGACACAGACACAUGCAGUCUAUAAAAAUUACUGACAUGACUGAUUCAGACAGGGCCAAAAUCCCUGUGCUACGCCGGUAAUAAAUACAAUACCUCACCUCCAAUGUAAAACUAGUGAAAUCUGAAAAGUACAACCUGUAAUACUGCCCAUAUGUGUGGAGAAAAAAAAACAUUAAAAUGAAAAAUCUUAUUAAAAACUAAAAACAUUAUUGUUGUUGAUAUUUUUAAUACUGAAGGUAAAAAUACACAAUAUACAUGUGCAUUGAUGUAAACACAAAUAUUUAAAAACAAUACAUCAACAAUGAAUAAUACUGUAAUGUGUAAUGGUUAAAACAAUAAAAAACAAUGCAAUUAAACACA